CGCAACCCUAGCUCGUUCUCUUAGCGGUAUAUUUGGAUUGGACGGAUUAUUAGCUCAAGAAAAUGGGUGACGACUUGGGUGACGAGUGGUGGAAACACGAGGACAAAUCAGACGCAUCUGAGGUGGAGGAGGAGACGGAAAAUGAGAAAAUUCCAGCAGAAAAAACAAAGACAAAGCCAGAGAAGAGAAAGAGGGUAACAGAGAAACCUGUUAAAGCCAAGAAGAAGAAAAAUAAUGAGCAGAAAGAGGAGACACUUCCUCCAAGGAAGGAGACUGAGAAUGAACAGUCUGCUAAACCCAAAAAAAGGAGAAAGAAAAAGAAAACAAUUACAGAUGUCUUGACUACUUCUGAGCCAAAACCAGGGUGUCCAGCUGACCUGCAGGAUCUGGCUACGCAGUACUUUAAAGACAAACGGUCUGUGAUCGAGCAGGAGGAGCUCAGAGUGCAGGACUCCUUUUUCCUGUCUAGUAAUGACUUGACACACACUCUCGCCUCCUAUCUGAAACAGAUUGCUCCCAAGUGGGCAAAGAUUCAAAAGCAGCACACAGAAAAAAGUUCUGCGGUUCUGCUCAUCGUCUGUAGCUCUGCUCUCCGAACCAUCGAGCUCAUCAAGCAGCUGACUAGUUUCAAGGGUGAAGCCAAAGCAGUGAAGCUUUUUGCAAAACACAUCAAGAUAGAAGAGCAGGUGAAGCUGCUGCAGAAAGGCAUCAUCCACAUAGGAGUGGGGACACCAGGGAGGAUCAGUGCUCUCAUUGAUAGAGAGGGUUUGAGCUUGCAGGCAUUGAGGUACCUGGUUCUGGACUGGAACUGGAGGGACCAGAAGCUCAGAAGGAUGGUGGACAUUCCUGAGAUCAAACAGGAUCUUAUGAAGCUGUUGGAGAGUGGCGUCUUGGCUCGCUGUAAAGAAGACAAAGUCAAAAUUGGAUUAUUUUAAUUGACUGCUUGUUGUUUAAAGAGAUGAAGUUAUAGCUGUGGGGUCUCGUCUUUGUCUUUCCUCGUGUUGACCCUGCCCUGUGCUUUUAAUAUUUCCAGAGCCUGUGGGAAAUGUACGGUAUUGUUUGUUCACUUGUGUGACCAACACAAUGUCGGGGAGUGUGAUGAAUGAAUAAACAGACUCAUAAUUAAAGCCA